UCUCUUCCGAAGCACCAACCAACACCAUUUUCACCAACCUCUCUCUCUCUCUCUCUGCUUUCUUCGCCGCCAGACGGAUUGCCCUAUGCUCUCCACUUUCUUCCUCUUUAUAUACAUUCAACGCUCUCCGAUCUCCAUUCCCCCUCUCUCUCUCUCUCUGUCUGCGCAUACAUAAUUAAAGAAUCAAGAUUUAUACGAUGGCUUUAGCUCCAGCUUCAGCUCAGCUAUCAAAACCGAUUUUUUCGAAGAAACCCUUUUCUCAAAAACCCCUAUUUUCAUUGCCCGCAACCUCUAAUGUUCGGCCGCGGCAAUCUGCAAUCCGAUGCUCCGUGGCGGUGGCUCCCACGACGGCCGCGGCGCCCGCGGCGGCGAAGGUGAAGUCCGUGAAGGCGAGGCAGAUCAUUGACAGCAGGGGGAACCCGACUGUGGAAGUUGAUCUGGUGACUGAGGGCGGGAAUGAUGCGCUGUAUCGAUCGGCGGUGCCCAGUGGAGCGUCCACUGGGAUCUACGAGGCUUUGGAGCUCAGAGAUGGUGAUAAGAGUGUUUAUGGAGGUAAAGGAGUCCUGAAUGCUGUGAAGAAUAUCAAUGAAAUCUUGGGUCCAAAGCUCGUCGGAGUUGAUAUUAGGAACCAGGCAGAUGUUGAUGCCCUUAUGUUGGAGAUUGAUGGAACUCCAAACAAAUCCAAACUCGGAGCAAACGCAAUCCUAGGAGUCUCCUUGAGUGUGUGUAGAGCUGGUGCAGGAGCAAAGGGCAUACCUUUGUACAAACACAUUCAGGAAUUAUCAGGGACCAAAGAGCUCGUCAUGCCGGUUCCUGCAUUCAAUGUGAUCAAUGGAGGCAGUCAUGCCGGUAACAAUUUGGCCAUGCAAGAAUUCAUGAUCUUACCAGUUGGAGCUGCCACAUUUGCCGAGGCACUUCGAAUGGGCAGUGAAGUGUAUCACACCCUCAAGGGAAUCAUCAAAGCGAAAUAUGGACAAGAUGCAUGCAAUGUUGGGGAUGAAGGGGGAUUUGCUCCAAAUGUGCAGGAUAAUAGGGAGGGAUUGGUAUUGCUAAUGGAUGCAAUUGAAAAAGCGGGUUACACUGGCAAGAUCAAAAUAGGCAUGGAUGUUGCAGCAUCAGAGUUCCUCACCAAAGACGGGAAGUAUGAUCUUGACUUCAAGAAUCAGCCAAACGAUGGCGCUCAUGUGCUUACCCCCGAGAGCCUUUGCGAGCUAUACAAGCAGUUUGUCAAAGAUUUCCCUAUUGUAUCGAUCGAGGAUCCCUUUGACCAAGACGAUUGGAGCUCAUGGGCAGCACUGCAAUCCGCCGUGGAUAUCCAGCUUGUGGGUGAUGAUUUAUUGGUGACAAAUCCAAAGAGAAUAGCUGAAGCCAUUCAGAAAAAGGCUUGCAAUGCUUUGCUACUGAAGGUUAACCAAAUAGGUACUGUGACUGAAUCAAUUCAAGCAGCACUAGACUCCAAAGCAGCUGGGUGGGGUGUUAUGGUUAGCCACAGAAGUGGUGAAACAGAGGACAAUUUCAUUGCAGAUUUGUCUGUUGGUUUAGCCAGUGGACAGAUCAAGACAGGCGCUCCCUGCAGAAGCGAACGUCUAGCCAAGUAUAACCAGCUUCUACGCAUUGAAGAGGAACUCGGGAACGUGCGCUAUGCUGGCGAAGCGUUCAGGGCACCAUGAGAAGGCGAAAUCUUGAUUAUACUAGCUAGAACUCAUUUAUGUUCAAUCAUGUAGGAAAAGUAUCUAUAUUCUUGAAGAAUAAGUUUGUUUUUAGAAGUUUUGUGAAAAAUGAGUUCUUUACUCUGCUUCAAUGAAUAUUUUGCCUGUAUUUUAGCCCA